CAAUAAAUAGGGAACUCCAAACGUUGCAAUUUAGUUGCGGCAUUGAUUUGUUAGGGAAACCUAGCUAGCUUGUUGUACUGUAUAUGUUUGUGAAUAUAUAGUAAUAUACAUUUAAUUUCUUUUUUGUUGAUUUUCGUACAAUUUUACCGACAUUUAACUUAUCCUCUUAAUUAAUUCCGUCGUCUCACCUGUCCGUCAUUCAAAAUGCUUACAACUCGUUCACCACUCACUAAGAAGAACAAAAACGCAAUCACCACUCAAAUGGACAACCUUUCGCUCGUUGACAAAGAAAACACCGUACGUUUGAACUGUUCAUUUUGUAUUUUAGGCAAUUUGUCAGUGAGUGUGACCAAUGGUCACGUCUGUCUAGUAGCACAUUACUGAAUUGAAUCUAAAGCAAUCAAGGUUAUGGUUGAUUAGCUAACUAGGUAAUUUAUCACGGAAUCCACUCUUUAAAAAUGUAUUUUUUUCCUCAUGCAGCCUCCUAGCCUGAACAGUACCCGGAUUCUAGCUUCAAAAACCGCGCGCAAAAUCUUUGACUCUGAGGUGAGUGAACAAGACUUCUGCUAAAGGUGCUCAAAUAGUUUAUGUAUAGUGACCAUUUUACAGCUUCAUGACUGGUGUAAUUAGCCUGGUAAUUCGCUAGAAUUUGAUCUUGAGGUGGUUAUUUGGCGCCAACAGUGUUUUUCGUCCUAACUAACUAGCGUUAAGCUGGUGAGCCUUCAAAUCAUGAUUACACUAUGCGCCUCGCUAUUUGAGAAGUUAGCUAGCUAUCUAGAAACUCAACAAGACAAGCAUAAUGUUUAAGUAGCUUUGUCAUUUGCAUAACUAGUUACACAAGUUGGCUACUCGGUGUUUCAUAAGGCUAGCUAGCCAGUAGCCUUCCACUCGAGCCAUGUUACGAAACCCUUUGUCUUGGCCUCUAGCUAGUUACAAUGGCUCUUUAUAUUUACAUUUUAGUCAUUUAACAGACGCUCUUAUCCAGAGCGACUUACAGUUAGAGUGCUUUUUACCAUCUAACGUUAUUUUAUGGGAAUCUUGACAUUAUACAUAAACUGGUAUGGUAGGCCUUUUAGUAUUUCUUGCGUAUGUAUUUAAAAUGUCCCCUUUUUUAAUUAUAUGAUCUUUUCAGAUUUUAACUUCGAGAAAUAUGCUCGUUUACUUAAACAACAUUCUAACAGUAAUUAUAUUAAUUCCACUUUUUUAUUUAUUCUUUCAGGUUAAGCCCAAAGAUGUCAACAAAUUCAACACAGAAGAGCCACUCCUUAAGGAAAAUCCACGCAGGUUCGUCAUUUUCCCCAUCAAGUACCAUGACAUCUGGCAGAUGUACAAGAAGGCGGAAGCUUCAUUCUGGACAGCUGAGGAGGCAUGUCCAACUCGCACACAUCAUUGGUCCAUGCAUUCAGUUAAACAUUUGACUUGGUGCAGACAAAUACAGGCAUGCAGUCAUUCUUUUUAGUCGAGGACAUUUUAUUGAUUCUGCAUUUUGUUUUCCAGGUUGAUCUGUCCAAAGACACACAGCACUGGGAGUCUCUGAAGGAUGAGGAGAGAUACUUCAUCUCUCAUGUACUGGCUUUCUUUGCUGCUAGUGAUGGCAUUGUCAAUGAGAACCUGGUAAGUUGAUCUUGAAUGUAUACAACAAUCAAUAUAACUAUACACUCAGAAAUCACUGAUCUAUGAGGGUUAGAAAAUGGCAACUCAUCCAGUAUUCAAACGUGGCUGUGUGGAAUUUAAUGUUGACCUAACUUCCUUUUCACCACUAGGUGGAGCGAUUUACACAGGAAGUCCAGGUGACUGAAGCGAGAUGCUUCUAUGGUUUCCAAAUCGCCAUGGAGAACAUCCACUCUGAGAUGUACAGCCUGCUCAUUGACACCUACAUCAAAGACCCCAAAGAGAGGUCAGUGUCAUUCUGUCAGUCUACGCUUUUAGUUGACAGCAAGGACACUACCAAUAUUUAGCAUAUGUAUUGUUACCCACAUAUGUUCUAUUAUCUGGCAAUGAUGAGAAGCGCAGGGGUACGUACCUCAGCUGAUAAUGGGAGCUGAGUGUUGGUGCUGGUUCUCAGCUCAGUGGGCAUGUGGUCUGCUGACUGAGGGGUGCCAACACGAUAUAGACGCCUGACUGAGCCUCAUGAUAGUAAAGUGUACUCCACCAAUGCACUGAAUUCAAACCCCCUAAGCAAUUUAUUAAGUCUAAGCAUUUUGUAGUGCGGCCUUAAGCAUUCUCUGAGACUGUGCCCAAUGUACUUUGUCAUACAGGGACUACCUCUUCAAUGCCAUUGAAACUCUCCCCUGUGUGAAGAGGAAGGCUGAUUGGGCCCUGGACUGGAUCGGUAACAGAAAUGCUGAAUUUGGUAGGUACAUUCAUUUCCAUUUCUUAAAAACCUGCAUAGGAUUGUUGUGGUCAAUCAGUUGGCAAUGGGUGUUGCUUGUAUUCCAGGUGAGCGUGUGGUUGCAUUCGCUGCUGUUGAGGGGAUCUUCUUCUCUGGGUCCUUUGCGUCCAUUUUCUGGCUGAAGAAGAGGGGCCUCAUGCCUGGCCUGACCUUCUCCAAUGAGCUCAUCAGCAGAGACGAGGUGGGUGUUUUCACAAUGUUGAUUUUAGUCUUCUACAUCAUUAUCCCAUAGGGAAAAACCUGGUUGAAAUUGUCAUCCAUCAGAAUUUGGUUACAAUAACACUAUUAUGAUGUUUGGAUACCCUUUGUGUGUUUGUUUCAAUGUGGGGGGGGGAAAAGCAACAUUCUUCGUGACUACUUGGCAUUAUCUUACUAAGUUAGUUCUGUCUAAAUCCAGGGCCUGCACUGCGACUUUGCCUGCCUCAUGUUCAAGCACCUGGUGAACAAGCCCUCAAAGGAGACGGUCACCAAGCUCAUCAGGAACGCCGUGGAGAUUGAGCAGGUAUGUUGAAUUAACAAUAAGGGCCUGUUGCCUUGACUCUGAUUAAGCCUACUCUUGAUAUGUGACCCAAAUGUCACCCUUUACCUAUACUGUACUAGAUGUCUCUGAUACUGCACUACAGAUCUAUGGGCCCUGGUCAAAAGUAGUGUACUAAAUGGAGCCAUUUGGCACACACCUGGCCCUAAUUGUGCUUAAUGGAUGAUAUCUACCUUUUUUGUAUCUGGAUUUGAAUAUUAAACCUCUAAUUGCUGAUGUCUGUUCACAUUUCAGGAGUUCCUGACAAAAGCCCUUCCAGUAAAGCUGAUUGGUAUGAACUGUGACCUGAUGACCCAGUACAUAGAGUUUGUGGCUGACAGGCUGAUGUUGGAGCUGGGCUUUGACAAGGUGAGAUGGUAGUCCAUGGUUCAGUCCCUAAUGGCAACCCACUUACUAUGUAGGGGGGGGGGGCCCAUGAGCCAACUUAAUUUUCAUGUGAUUGAUAGAAAUGGGCUAGCAAUGAUGAGAAGCGCAGGGGUACGUACCUCAGCUGAUAAUGGGAGCUGAGUGUUGGUGCUGGUUCUCAGCUCAGUGGGCAUGUGGUCUGCUGACUGAGGGGUGCCAACACGAUAUAGACGCCUGACUGAGUCUUGCCUGUAAAGAUGUACAGUGGGGAGAACAAGUAUUUGAUACACUUUUCCUACUUACAAAGCAUGUAGAGGUCUGUAAUUUUUAUCAUAGGUACACUUCAACUGUGAGAGAUGGAAUCUAAGUAUUUGAUACAUCAGAAAAGCAGAACUUAAUAUUUGGUACAGAAACCGUUGUUUGCAAUUACAGAGAUCAUACGUUUCCUGUAGGUCUUGACCAGGUUUGCACACACUGCAGCAGGGAUUUUGGCCCACUCCUCCAUACAGACCUUCUCCAGAUCCUUCAGGUUUUGGGGCUGUCGCUGGGCAAUAGGGACUUUCAGCUCCCUCCAAAGAUUUUCUAUUGGGGUCAGGUCUGGAGACUGGCUAGGCCUCUCCAGGACCUUGAGAUGCUUCUUACGGAGCCACUCCUUAGUUGCCCUGGCUGUGUGUUUCGGGUCGUUGUCAUGCUGGAAGACCCAGCCACGACCCAUCUUCAAUGCUCUUACUGAGGGAAGGAGGUUGUUGGCCAAGAUCUCGCGAUACAUGGCCCCAUCCAUCCUCCCCUCAAUACGGUGCAGUCAUCCUGUCCCCUUUGCAGAAAAGCAUCCCCAAAUAAUGUUUCCACCUCCAUGCUUCACGGUUGGGAUGGUGUUCUUGGGGUUGUACUCAUCCUUCUUCUUCCUCCAAACACGGAGAAUGGAGUUUAGACCAAAAAGCUCUAUUUUUGUCUCAUCAGACCAAAUGAACUUCUCCCAUUCCUCCUCUGGAUCAUCCAGAUGGUCAUUGGCAAACUUCAGACGGGCCUGGACAUGCGCUGGCUUGAGCAGGGGGACCUUGCGUGCGCUGCAGAAUUUUAAUCCAUGACGGUGUAGUGUGUUACUAAUGGUUUUCUUUGAGACUGUGGUCCCAGCUCUCUUCAGGUCAUUGACUAGGUCCUGCCAUGUAGUUCUGGGCUGAUCCCUCACCUUCCUCAUGAUCAUUGAUGCCCCACGAGGUGAGAUGUUGCAUGGAGCCCCAGACCGAGGGUGAUCUUGGUGACCGUCAUCUUGAACUUCUUCCAUUUUCUAAUAAUUGCGGCAACAGUUGUUGCCUUCUCACCGAGCUGCUUGCCUAUUGUCCUGUAGCCCAUCCCAGCCUUGUGCAGGUCUACAAUUUUAUCCCUGAUGUCCUUACACAGCUCUCUGGUCUUGGCCAUUGUGGAGAGGUUUGAGUGUGUGGACAGGUAUCUUUUAUACAGGUAACGAGUUCAAACAGGUGCAGUUAAUACAGGUAAUGAGUAGAGAAUAGGAGGGCUUCUUAAAGAAAAACUAACAGGUCUGUGAGAGCUGGAAUUCUUACUGGUUGGUAGGUGAUCAAAUACUUAUGUCAUGCAAUAAAAUGCAAAUUAAUUACUUAAAAAUCAUACAAUGUGACUUUCUGGAUUUUUGUUUUAGAUUCUGUCUCAAUUGAAGUGUACCUAUGAUAAAAAUUACAGACCUCUACAUGCUUUGUAAGUAGGAAAACCGGCAGUGUAUCAAAUACUUGUUCUCCCCACUGUAGUUUAAAUUUUGCCUUGGUCCCAGAUUUGUAUGUGCUCUUGCCAACACCAUUGCUCAUUGUCAACCCAAACGUGACAAUGAGUUGGUUGGUUUUGAUUGCACAGAUGGGCACUCUGGCUACUAGAAAUGGGUGGUGUUACUGAAACCAAAGCAUUUUAUUCAACUAGCAGACACAUUCAAUUAACUUCUCUUCUAGAUCUACAGAGUGGAGAAUCCCUUUGACUUCAUGGAGAACAUCUCACUGGAGGGUAAGACUAACUUCUUUGAGAAGAGAGUAGGGGAGUACCAGAGGAUGGGUGUAAUGUCUGGUACUACAGACAACGCCUUCCGGCUGGAUGCUGACUUCUAAAGCUCUUACAGGCCCCCAAGAUGGCCUUGAAAUGACACUUUGAAACUGUAAACACUUGAAAGGGACAUGGACCAGACUAGAUGCUACCGGACCACCUUACCUCAUCCAU